AUUUAAUAAAAUGUCACAGGCAUGAUUUUUAAAAAGGAUAUAUUCAGAUAAGGGACAAAAAGAUAGGAAACGCACAUAAGAAGCACAUGCUUAACAAUGACCAGCUCAAAUGCAGUUAACAUCUGACCCACUAUGUGGUGCUUUCAUGGAUAUCAAACAAAUAAUGCACAGGAAAUUUUAAAAACCUGUUAAUAAAGGUUGUAAAUAUGCACUUUCAUGUUCUGGUUACAUAAUGAGCUCAUGACAUUAAUGAUGAGUCCAGAUAAAACUAUUUCUGCUUUUCCGGAUGGUGAGAACUUUUUCAAAUGGAUAGGAACAAUAACAGGGCCCAAAGACACUGUGUAUGAGUCUCUUAAAUUCAAACUAAGUUUCCAGUUUCCCAACUCUUAUCCCUACACAGCUCCUACUGUGAAAUUCAUCACUCCUUGUUUUCACCCAAAUGUUGAUACAAGUGGUAACAUCUGUCUAGAUAUUUUAAAGGACAAAUGGUCAGCUUUAUAUGAUGUUCGAACCAUAUUGUUGUCGAUUCAAGUUCUUCUUGCAGAUCCUAAUAUUGACAGUCCUUUAAAUGCUCUAGCAGCAGCCAAGUGGCAAAAACAGGAGGAAUAUAAGAAAUAUGUUAUAGACACUUACAAAGAGGCGUGA